AUUCCUUUAGGACACUUCCGGUCGCCGGUUUUAGGAGAUAAACGUUAGAGUGUGAGUUGAGUUGAGGGAACUAUAAAGCAGUUUGAAAAGUGAAAGUGAAAAUGGAUAAAAUUUGUCGCAGUCAGUUGCCGGAUUCAUCAUCCUCGCCUCCAUUAAGUGGACUUAACUUUCAUAGCUUCGACGAGGACCUCAUCUCGGAAUUGCCGUCGUGUGUUUAUGCUAAUCAUCAGCUGGGAGUUGCAACGGCGACUAACCCCGGUUCAGCGAAUCUCAGGCUGAACACGAACAGCUUGCGUCAAAUCCAGCAUCAAUAUUUACAUCACACAGAUUGCUUAGACUCCCCGAGCUCAGCCAGUCCUUCACUGUCCACAUCUAUCGGACACCCUUAUAAUGCAACCCCCUACAAAAUCCAACGGCAGCAAACGAACAUUCGCGAACGUAAACGGAUGAUGAGAUCGGCUCCCAACGGUUCCUUCUUCCCCUCGUUAAACAGCAGCAUAAACUCAGCAUUCGACGAGCUUCGAGUGCAUGUUCCGACGUUUCCGUACGAAAAGAGACUAAGCAAGAUCGAUACCCUACGUCUGGCCAUCGCAUAUAUCGCACUGCUGCGAGAGGUCCUCGAGGCGGACUACGAUCCAUUGACGUACGUGGAAAAGUGCCUCCGUGGGGAGAUAAAGGCUGAACGUGCCCAUUGGAAUACGAGCGAUUUGACAGCACGUCUCUCGUGGAUAAACUGGGAGAACCUUGGAGUACACCCGGGAAGACGCACGAUUCUGACUUCGCUGGCGCUAGGGUCAUCGGAAAGCCUUGGGUGUGGCCCACCACCGCAUCUCAUGUAAAUCUGCUGCACUCGACAGCAUCAUUGCAUAUGUCUUCCUUUGGAAUAUGUCUAGUCAUGCAGUAAUUUUUAGUAUCCUCAAUGAUUGUGAUAUUGUCUAGUUUUAGUUUAAAAUUCAUAAGUUCGUUGUUUUUGUUAUGAGGUGUUAGUUUUGAAGUCAAUAAAA